GAAAAUUGUAUUAGUUAGUAUUUUAAAUUAUAUUGAAAUUAAAAUAAAAUGCAAAAUACCGAUAUUUUAUCCGCAUGACGAAAAUACCCGAUUUUCGGGUAAAAUACCCGCAAACGGCAACAUAGCAGUGCAACCACAUGAUGCGCCACAGGAAAUAUUUUUGACCAAUCAAAACGUGUCGCCAUUUCGCCAUUUCUGUUUCUCUACAAAGAACUUUAUGUUCUGUGCAAAGAACAGUUUUAGUUACUAGUACCUUCCUACCUGCAAAUUUUUGAUAAUAAAGUGAAUCAGUUUUGUGCAAUAAAUUGUUUAAGUGUUAUAGACAAGACGGAAAGUUAUUCGUUUAUCGGUAAGUUUUAUGAACUAAUGGGCGGCUUUUGGUAUUUGUAUUCUGUGGCUUGGAAUAGAAAGGGCGGGUGUCACAAAUAUGCCAAUUGCAGAUAUUCGCUAUUGUCUCGCAUUGUAAUAUACUAUUACCUUACAGCUAAUGAACAAUGUGGGUCAUUGUGAAAUUUCCUAAAGAAAAUUGUGUUGAGGCCAUUCCAAAUAAUUGGUUAAUAGGCGACUCUUCAUGUUACUGGCCUCCGUAUAGUGGGAAUAGACUCAAGAAAGCCGUAUUAAUAUGUGAAGAACCUGGUACCAAUUGGGAAAUUAUAGAUGUUGUGGUUCUUUCUAAAACUGCCAUAGAUGCUUAUAAUAAAGCUGUCGAAAAGGCGGUUAUUGCACAAUCUACAUCCGAUAUCGAGGAGCCGAAAAUAAUAGCUCCCAAACGAAAAAUCUUCAGGAACAAACGUUACGAUGAUGACAAUUCGACAUCAUCAGUUGUGGAAUCUAACAAGGAAAGCGAUUUGGACGAUUGUCCACAAUAUAAGACGGAUAAAAGAAGCAGUCGGCGACCUGAAUAUCAGCCGAAACGCAAUGCUGGAGAACUCAGCAAGCCUUUUAUAGAAAAAAUAUCCAAUAAGCCCGGGGUUGUUAGGAAGGAAACCUUAACCAGUGGAAUAAAAAAUUCGACUUCAAAAGAAAAACAGGUCACAAGAGAGAGUUCAGCUAGCAGCGAAGAUUCGACACGAAGCUACUUUGGAAGAAAUCGGGUUUGUAGUGAAGGUUCAACUCCAAGAAGCUCCCAGUCGAAAGCGAGCGCAGAUCACAAUGUGAGCCCUUUUGUGCAGAGAGGUUUAGAUAAUUCCCAAAGCUCCAGAGACUUCUCUCUAGAUUCAACAUUAAAGGAACCAAAUUCUAAAGGCCGUUGUGAUUAUUGUGGUAAGAACCUUACACUAAAGGUAACCCUAAUAUUUCCCAAACACGUCAUUCUAGGUAUAAUGUCAAAGAGAGUUAUUUUUCUUCUAAACAAGUUGGAUCUUAAAUUGGACGAGCUUAGUACUGAUGUAAACAUUAUAAAACGUAAUAUGCCUCGAAAGGAAACCCAGCCAGCAGUAUCUCUUCCAGAAAUUUAUUCCGAAUUUCCUCUUCACACUGAAGACCAAUUAAAAAAUUUCGAUAAAUUUCUGGAAUCAGACGAUAAUUUUUCCAACUUUGUGAACUACUUAUCGUCUGUAGGGGGUGAUUCAUCAUAUGAGAGCGUAAAAAGGUGUCUCAACAGGAUAUUGUCCAAUGAAGUCGCCAUGAAAUUCAAUUGGGAAGGGUUAAGAUCUAAAAGGAAUUUCCAGGUUUUACGGUUGUGUAAGGCUCUAAAUGAUGCUGUAAAGAAAAAUCUAAAUGUAACAGAUAAGCAGAUAGAAAAAGACAUAAAGAGCUGGCUUAAGCAUGCCAAAGAACGGUAUGAAGGGACAAUGAAAAAACUUGAUAAGGAAAGAGAACAUGAAGGAAACUAUUUUAAAAUGGCCUUCGUUUUAAUUGAAUUUGACGAAAGCGCUGGAGGCUCAUUAGCAGUCAUUCAUAAAUCUUGGCUUACACCAAGAAAAACCGAAGUAUACUGGCCCCCCUACAAAAAUCAGAAUUUGUUAGAUAAAGCUGUCAAGAAGAAAGAAGCUGCUGCUGAGGAAACCUCGGAUUUGCAAACAGAAACUGAGGAUACAGGGGAUUGUUUGACUAAAAGGAAUAUUAAAAAACCUGUGAGAUUUGAAAGCGAUUCUCAAGGAGGCAGCACUAGCUCUUCUGAUGAGGAUUUGCAAAAGUCUGCUUUUUCCAGACCUCCAGAUGUAAUUGCUUCCAAACUUUCUAAAGGUUAUUCUUAUUGUGAACCAUUUAACAAAAAUAAUGCAAGACAGCCUAUCGUUUUGGAGUCAUCGCUGAACGAAAUUUUCCCAAACUUGCCUUCCUGCAGUGCUCCUUCGGGUCGGAGACUUUCGACAGUUUCUUCCACGCCUCAAUUAAAUUCAACUCGUGGAGACGAAAAUAGAGAUCAUGAACAAAAUAAUGAAAUUUUGUCCUUAUUAAAAAAUAAAGGAAGUUUAAAUGUAGGAUCAAAUCUAGAGCUAGAACCUAGUUUUCCUAUCAAACUACCAGUAAAAUCAAUGGAAGAGUUAGAGCAGUUGGAGCAGUCUUUGUCUGAAAACAAGAAUCAGAAAGCAUUGAGUUUAUAUUUAGCAACCUUGGACAGAACCAGUUUAACCUUAUCUUGCAGUUCUGCAUUACGAUAUUGCUUAUCCUAUGGAGUUGCAAAGAACUUAAGUUAUCUGGGAACACGGCUUAACAAAAAGGCUUUUAAAAAUUACUACCUUAAACGAGUUAUUGUUGCGGCUGUAAAAGCAGCGAUUCCUUCUUCUGAUGAGAGAAAUAUUGAAGAUCAAAUCAAAAACUGGUUAAAGCGAUCUCCAAAAAACUACUUUUUGGAGGAGGAAAAGUUAAGGAAGCAGACAGAAAAUGGCUUACAAGAUAAAAUCAGUGCGCGGAACGAAACAAACUUUAAUGAUAAUGAACCUGUAAUCAGGUAUGAAAAUCUUAAUUUUAAUAUUGACUUGUUGGAAAACCAAAAUAUUUUAUUAUCUAACAAUAUAAAUCCUGUACUGUGCAAUAUUGUUUCUAACGAAACUAAAGACAAUGUUAGUCAUAAUUAUAAUGAUAAGGAAAUAGUAGCUACUAAUAUUGCCAUAUCCUUACUAGUAAAGGAUAAUGUUAAUUGUGAGGUAACUUUGACUGAACAACUACGAAAUUGGGCAGUUACGUCUGGAUCAAGUGUGUCUCACAGUGCUAUAACUAAAUUGUUACAUAUAUUAUCUGUUUACCAUCCUGAUUUACCAAAAGAUUGUCGAACUCUAGUUAAAACUCCGGUUAAAAUGAAAACAUCUGUUUUAGAAACUGGGACAUACUGCCAUUUAGGACUUCAUAAAGCAUUAGAAAAUUUUCUCUUAAAAAAUCCUAACUUUCCAAAUAAAGUGCUUCAAGUAGCUAUUAAUAUAGAUGGCCUACCCUUGUAUAAAAGUACAAAUGGUCAGUUGUGGCCAAUAUUAGGUCAAGUAAAAAAUUAUGAUAGUAGGCCAUUCCCAAUUGGAAUUUUCUUUGGCACUUCAAAACCCAAACCUUUGGAAUCAUUUUUAAAAGAAUUUAUAUCUGAAUUCGAAGCUAUUUUGGCAAACGGUUUUCAAAUUAACGAUAAAAUGUAUACUGUGCAAAUUUUUGGUUUUAUUUGUGAUGCCCCAGCAAGAUCCUAUUUAAAAUGUAUUAAAUCGCAUGGGGGCUAUUCCUCUUGCGAAAAAUGUAUAGAAACUGGGGAGUAUAUUAAGGGUAGAGUUAUUUUUACUUCAACAAAUGCAACAAAACGGUCAGACGAUUCCUUUAAGAGUCAGAUUGAUGAAGAUCAUCAUUUAGGAACUUCACCUUUAGUACAGCUUCCAAUUGGAAUGGUGUCUAACUUUCCCAUUGAUUAUAUGCACAACGUGUGCUUGGGUGUAGUAAAAAAACUUUUGAAUUCUUGGACAGGUGGUCCUCUAACAAUAAGGCUUCGAAGCGAUAAGGUAAAGGAAUUGUCUUCAGUUUUACAACGUUUAAGCAAAUUUAUUCCAGUGGAAAUCAAUAGAAAGUGCAUAUACAUUGUUUCCAAUCUAUCAGAAGACUUCGACAUGUGGCCAAUUGAAAAUCCAGACGUAAUUGCCAAAUGUAUGCUGUUUAAAAUCAGUAAUGAGCAAUGGGCAUUAAUGCCAAUUGUUCAUUCCCUAAAGUAG